AAGGCUAUAAAGAAUUGAAGGUUGUUUUCCUAAUUAACGUCAAAAAGCGUUAUAUUGAAAUAUUAAAUAAAGAAGAUGUUCCUGUGGCUGAUAAGUUGGGCAGCUCUUCUUGCUCAAGUUGUGUUUGUAGUCUUCUCCUUAGCUGCAGGUCUGUAUUAUCUGGCUGAAAUAAUUGAAGAAUACUCUAUAGUUGCAAAGAAGAUCAUUACAUACCUACUUGUGUUUGUCAUUGUGCUCUACAUUGGACUGUUGGUGUUUGAUGGCUUCCCCUGGGGACUAGUCGUUGUUGGUCUCCUCACUCACCUUCUCUAUGGCUCCCUCCUCACCACCUUCCCCGUCAUCUCCCUACUCUCCCCCGGCUUUGUAGGAGGGACAUUACUUCUGAUCGUUGCACACAUCUUGGCAUUUCAAUACUUUGCCGACCAUUGGCACAUCUUUCAAGAGGUACUUGCCUUUUUCUUCCUGUGCCUGUGGAUGGUUCCAUUCAGUUUCUUCAUAUCUCUCUCUGCUAAUGACAUGGUGCUUCCUGUGUCAGUGGGCUCUCCCGAUGGCUCUAGUCGUAGAUCAAGGAGAAGUAUGUUGCCAGCGUUAAUGGACUUUUUGGCUAGCAAACUGAACAAUUUAUCUCCUAGUAAAAGUUCCAAGAGUAUAUGAUUACACUCGCCAUGUGAUGUUUGUGUUCUUGUGUCUGACUUGUGAUUUAUAUGAGACUACUUAGCAAC